UGGCUGAUAAAGCAACGGUAUAUAUUCGAGAGGAAAGAUAAAUGGGGAAUGAAAUCGUGCACGGGCGUGUAAACACAUAAAUAACAGGACAUCCAAUAUAAAGGAUUUCUAAUUUAUUUAAUUAAGGAUUAAAGUAAUUGUCAAUGAUGAGCACGGAUUAGGUACAGCGACUGAAAGGCGGGAAAAAGGAACGCGAUCACGUCGUCAUUGCCGUGUGUUAUAGUAUAUACCACAGGUAGUUAUUGGAGUAUAUGUGGUGAAUAUAACCGUGUAAUAUCCGAUACAUAAAACAAGUUAACAGUAAAGAUAUACCAUGUUUACAAGGACAAUGACUUUAGGUUUUAAUUUAUGAAAAUUCUGAAUUUGUUGUUGAAUUUAAUUCAGUCGAUGACGUAUAGGAUAUCGCCUGGAUGAACCUUCUUCUACAGAAAUACAGAAUUAUCGGUAAAAAAGGGGAAGGCACCUUUUCUGAGGUCUUAAAAUGUCAAAACAUAAAAGAUGGCGGGUAUUGGGCCUGCAAGAAGAUGAAACAGACUUAUGACAGUAUGGAGCAGGUGAAUAACCUGCGAGAAAUACAAGCCAUGAGAAAAUUAAAUCCUCAUAUCAACGUUCUCGAGUUGGAGGAGGUCAUCUUUGAUAAAAAGUCUGGUACUCUAGUCCUAGUUUGUGAACUGAUGGAUAUGAAUAUUUAUGAACUUAUCCGAGGAAAAAGACAUUAUUUACAAGAAAAAAAGGUUAAAAAUUACAUGUACCAGUUAUUAAAAUCUAUAGACCAUAUGCAUCGGAAUGGAAUAUUUCAUCGAGAUGUUAAACCAGAAAAUAUUUUAAUUAAGGAUGAUUUGCUGAAACUUGCUGAUUUUGGUAGUUGUAGAAGUGUUUACUCUAAACAACCAUAUACAGAAUAUAUAUCUACUAGAUGGUACAGAGCACCAGAAUGUUUAUUAACAGAUGGGUUUUACACCUAUAAAAUGGACAUGUGGAGUGUUGGAUGUGUUUUCUUUGAAGUUCUUAGUUUACAUCCGUUAUUUCCCGGUUCUAAUGAAGUGGAUCAGAUAGCAAAAAUACAUGACAUCAUGGGAACACCAGAUCCUUCUGUUCUUAAAAAAUUACGGAGAUCUCGAGGUAUGAAUUUUAAUUUUCCUCCGAAGAAAGGUAGUGGUAUAGAAAGAUUAUUACCGCAUGCUACGGAGGAUUCUAUAGCGUUAAUAUAUUUAAUGUGUACGUAUGAUCCGGAUGAUAGAUUAACGGCCAGGCAAGCUCUUAAACACCCAUAUUUUAAAGAAUUAAGAGAUGCCGAUAAGCGAGUUCACAUGAUGAAAGUUCGGCAACAGGAACAGGAAGAGAAAAAAAAAUCUGAGCAUGACAAAAAUACAAAUCCUGGAAACGAGGAAAGAAUUCCUAUAAAACAGGAGGAACGUGAGAGGCCCGAUCCAGAACCACCGCAAAAAAACAAGAUGACAGAAAUCACCAUGUAUCCCAGCAUACCCAAACCUCAUUCACUUCCUCCACAUAAUUAUAUGUACAAAAAAAGGAGAAAGAAUAAACGCUAUCAAUCAAGUCAACAAUAUUCAAAUCAUACAGGGUUAUUUCCACGUGUCGAGAUUCAUCCCACUACAUAUCAUACUGUUUACAACGGUUACCCUGGUAACAAAUAUAAAUAUAACGGAAAUAUAGGAUCUACUUUAUUACCGUCUGUAAAUAACGGAUAUAAACCUCAUAAGGCAGCUGGUAAACCGAAUAAAGCAAUGUAUGGACAGUAUACUUUACCGUCGUUAGAUCCACGAUUUUGAACACAGUUUUUAUUUUAUAUACCACAGCAACUACACCAUAUACCUUGUUGACGGAAAACACUUAAUCGUGGCAAAUUUACAAUCAGAGAUGUGCAUCCCUGCUUCUACACAGCAACUACACCAUAAUAUCUUGUGGUCGGAAACACUAAAAUAAUCAUGAUUUUACAAUUGGAGAUGUGCAUCUCUACUUCUACAGUUUGGAUUCACCCACACUUUAAUUAACAUGUGUAAACUGUUAAAAUAUUAGCCCUGGAAUGGCUAAAUGAAUAUAUAUACAGGAGUUCCAGGUAUUCCUGAAGUAUCCUGGAACUGUGAUAUUGCUCAAUGGAAUAUUGGAUCUUCAUUGUUUUGAAUUUUUUAGAUAUAUUUAGACGGUGGCAGCUGUAUUUAUAUAGAUCUAUUUGUAGAUAUAUUUAGACAGUGGCAGAUGUAUUUAUAUAGAUUUAUUCAUACUAUCAACAGUUAAAUAAAAUUGGGUUUAACAUCCAGCUUUUCUGCCACGACGGGGCGAAUGAAUACGGUUUGACAACGUCCUACUUUUCUUCACCGACUGGGCUAUUGAAGACUGGCUUACCAGACAAUAUAAUAUAUAGAAUUCUAAGAAGGGCAAGUCAUGUUUCGAUUGUUUAACUGGAGUAGGGUCGUCUGUCCAAAUCCCAUGGGUUUUCUCCGGGUCCUCCGGUUUCCUCCCACUGCUAAAGAUCCCUACAACAAGCGAAUUAUUGAAAUAAAAUCGAACCAUAUGUUAGUCCUGAAAUGACCUAGUUUGUGUCGAGUAGACAUUAAACCCCAUAUUACUGUUUUUGUUAAGAGAUUGGGUCUUGUUCAUUAAUUUCUUGCUAAUUAAUUUAUUUUCGCUUGUUAAUUUCUUGCUCUCCUUUGUUUCGUUAUGUCCAUUGUUGAAUCUUUAUUUUUCGAAAAGAAUCCCAUAUUCUACAAAUAUGUGGCUGUUUAGAUAAAGAUUCAACUUAAAUGGUAGCUGGAAAUCUUGUCCAGUUCUUGUCUUUCUUUCAUUCCUUCAAUCGGUUUUAACAGUGUUUUAUUUUCUUGAGAGAUUUUACUGGAAUUAAGCAAUAUUAGUCCUGUACCUUUCUACGGCUUUGUUCAAAUUGAUGUUACUAAUAACUAAUCUGAUUAAAACACAGAUCCCAUUUGGUUUCGUUUUUAUAGUUCAAAAUUUCGUUUUACUUGUCUUUACUACACUAGGAUCUGGAAGAGUUGUUAUAUUACCAGCGUUUUGGUUGAAAUGAGGGAUUAGCCAAUGAAACGGUCUGUUAUGGCGACUUCUUGGCUGGUUAAACCAGUAGAAACGUCAAUGCUGAUUGAUUAUUCAAUGUAUGACAUCAUAGGGUCAAAAGUGGCUCAAAUGACCCCUGACACGACCUUCUAGUACAACUUGUCAGAUCUUAAUGUAGAUGUCUAUUUUAAUCAGAUGGAUUUAAAACAAUCCAAAUACAACUUGAUGCAUUAAUGUAACGUCUAUAUUCAAAAACAUUUAAACUGGUUUCUGAUUAUAAACUAUAGAAAAAGAGUGAAUUACCAGACCCCAUAGUAUAUUUUUUUUUUGGGGGGGGGGGACAAUGGCUAAAAUAUAUGACUUCAAUGGUUGGUACACACCAUAAUAUUAAUUUGAAGAAAAAAGUGAUUAAAAAUUGACAAAAACAAUGAAAGGCCGAAUGCUUUGCACAUGAGCGCUGUAUCAUAAGGUCUGUCAUUGAGUCAACUGGCAUGGUUUCGAUUUCCCGGUUGUACAUGGCAAGGAGUAGGGUUGCCUGUCCAACCUCGUGAGUUUUUUCCGGGUCUCUGGUUUCCUCUCACUGCUGAAGACCCCUACGCGUAAGCAAUUUAUUGAAAUAAAAUUGAACCAUAUGUUAGUCCCGAAAAGAUGGACGUUAAACCCUCCUCUCUCUCUCUCUCUCUCUCUCUCUCUCUCUCUCUCUCAACAUGUGGAUCAGAGUCUUUAACUCAUAUCAGCUCUAGUAGUUUUAUUGCCUCUUUAUUAAGUGCUCAAUGUUUAUAAAUACUAUCAAGCUUUUUUCAUUAUAUUGUGGGGUAAAUGCAGCUUAAAGGACAAGUGCGUAAUAUAUUGAUACUGUGGGUUAAAUGCAACUUAAAGGCCAAGAGCGAGAUAAGAUAUUGAUAAUGUGUGAGGGUUAGCUACGUAGAAAUAUAUAGGACCAUCUCUUAUCUCGAAACACGGAGGGUUGAGAGAUGAGGUUUGUUAUCUAUACGAGGGUGUAAGCCAGAUUGUUGUAUGAAUAUAUUACACAGUGUGUCAGUUGAGAACUUUUAAACAAUUUAAAAUAUAUAGGCCCUACUAUCAUGCACAUGAAUUUCUAUGAAAUCAUCACGUGACUGUAAUUCUGUAUGAAUAACGUGCGAAUGACAUGUUAACUGUGACAUUAUUUGAAAUAAUAGUACACCAACAUCAUAAGGCCCAAUACUAGCAUACAGGUGACCGGGUCUGAGACGAUUCCUUUAAUGCUUAUUAGUAACCAUUAAAAUACUUAGUAACCAUUGGUAACCAUAGUGAACUGCCAUUUUGAGAAAUCUGGCUCCAAAAGGCAUCAGUUAGAUACCAAUUGUUUAUCAUGUUACAAUGUGUUAUAUAUGUUAUAAUAUUAUAAUCUAUUUUCUCAAUUUGUAAAUAAAUAUAAAUAUUUUUAUAUUUAUCAGAAGUUACAUGAACAUUGUGUACAUAUUGUAUUAUAACAAAUGUAAUUAGCAGAUUUUAUAAUCAAGCUUCAGUAGACACACAACUCACAAGAAGUUUUGUGUUUUAUGCGUAUCGAGGCUUCUCACAGUUUGGCGCUAACUAGUGCUAAUGGGAACAAACGUUGAAACCAUGGGUUCCACAUCGGCCGUAUAUGCCGGUCAGGACCUAGAGCUAUGGAAAAUGACCGUAACUAGAGCUGACUUGAAACCAUGGUGAUACCUUGAGCCUGACGAUUAUCAGAAAAGAUCCAAACACUAAAGAUUCUUUAUUAUAUCUUCUGCUUGAAAACUCAAUUGGUAAAAUAAGUUUCAAUGUCACUAAAAGAUUUUUUUUUUUUUCUCUUUUUAAUUCAUGAAACUUUUCUAUGAUUUUGUAAAUAAAUCAGCCUUGUUUUUGAUUAUUUAAAUGUUAAUGUUAUCAUCAGCAUUCCCGCUUCACUGUGAUAUGACCGAAAAAUAUAUAUUGUUAUGUUUGGUUACUCAAUCGGACCUAUUUUAUGGAGUCCGGUAAUUUAGGUGUUUUUGGUCUAGAUUAAAAUUUGAUCUGAUUAAAACACAGAUCCUAUCUUAAUUGUUUUGUUUUAUAUAUUUGAAAAUUUGGGGGGAUUUUCCCUCCCUAGCUUUUAAAAAAACUGUGUUUUGUUUGAUAUGGGAGAUUUAGCCAAUGAAAUGGUCUGUUUAGUUAAGCUUUACGUAAGAAGUGCUCGGAAUUCUGGGAGACACCUAAAUAUUUUCCGGUUUAAAUAUUCCACUAAAUUUAAUAUUUAAAGUUGACCUUAAAACUCACUGUCACAAACAGGGGGCUUAUUCAAAGAAAACCUAAAUUUUACGAAGGAAGCCUUUUCAUUAGUGCUAUCCAAUGAACAAUGAAUAGGGUCCAAGAUCUUUAUCGAGUUAAGGCCACCAUAAAUGAAUGAAAUAAAAUUUAAAUCUGUAUUUUAAUCAGAAUGAAUUAUGUGAAAGUGUCUCUUCUAGUUAUUUUUAAUAAUUUGUUUUAAAAUUGUAAUUUUUUUGUUAGAUGUAUUAUUUAUAACCACCUUAUAGAUUUAUUUAUAAAUUUCACGGAAGAAAUAUCAUAUAAUAUGUACAUGUAUGUAUUAUAAAAUAAUUCCUUAACUCAAUUUUAAAAUAUUGUAGAUAUUGAUGUUAAGAAAAUAAAAAACAAGA